AUGAGCUCCGCCACUCGUGUCCAGGCCGCCGACCCCCGGCCGGGUGAGGUCACAGGCCCUUAUGAGGUGGGGCAGACGGGUGCGGCCACAGCGCUGUCUAGUCCGGGCGGAGGCGGCUGUGACCUAAUCCGCUGCCCGGAGCCCCGGAGCCCCUGCAAGGCGGCCGUGGCGGCGCCAUCCGAGGAAGCCUGGAUCCCGCGAUCGCCCAGCGCCGGGUGCUCAGUGGGCGGAGCAUCAGGGCGGUCAGCACUUCAGAAAGCCUGUAAAAUUUUCAGUAAAAUUCGAGGUGGUAAGAUUUAUGUGAAUGAUCUGCCAAUGAUCCAUCGCAUCUUGAAGAUCUCUAUAAGUGAUCAAAUGAGAAAGGCACUGAAGACUAUUGAUAUUGAUGCAAUUAUAGAAGGAACAGCCUUGGAUGAAGCUACUUCAAGAAAGUUAUCAUAUGUAUCAGGAUGCUAUCCACAAUAUACGAAGAAAAGCAUUUUAUCUUCCAGACUAUUUGAAUUGUCAUUAUCCCAAAAGUUAAAUACAAAGAGCCUCCAAAACCAUACAAUUAUGAAGGGGAAUGAUGACCUUGAAUUUAAAAGAUCAAAAAAUACUUUGCAAAUAAGAAAAUUCCAGGAUGAGGUUGAUAGCAGUGAUGUAGAAUUCCAGGAACCAUAUUCAAAGGAUGGCAUAAACUUCAAGAGAAGUUCAGAGAAGGUUGAAAUUCAUGACUGAAAGUCUAAACCACAAAACUUGAAGAGUGUUACAAGCCUCAAAAAGUCCCUGGAUAAAAGUGAUAUUUUUAGUAUCCCGAAACUUCAGAAGCCAGCUGUGAGAAGGCAUGCCAGCCUUCUAAAACAUGUUUUAUCUAAGGAAAAAACUGCAAUUAAUGCUCUGGGAAAUGUCUGUGAAGCUAUCAAGAAACUCCGAGAAAAUUACAUUGAUACAGAAGAACUUCAGUCCAUUUUGCAUUCAGUAGGAAUUACUUUAUCAGAUAAAGAGUUCAAGAAGAUUGUGACAGACACUACAAGAAAUGAAAAUGGAAUGGUGAAGUUAGAUGAUGUUGUGCACACUCUCUCCAAAGAGCAAAAUCUUCCUAGAUAUGACACAUUGACUGAUGUCAUCAAAGCUAUUGAUAAAAUUAAAGAUGAAAAUAUUGAUUAUGGGGAUCAAUGUCUUCAAAAUUUUGGAGUUUACCUUUCUGAUCCAGAAUUUCAGAAGAUCACAGAGUUGACUGAAGCUGGAGAAACAAAAAAAGUGAAUUUUAAAGAAUUCGUUGUUACUAUGACGAGCAACACGGAACGCUUCUCUGAAAAAUUAUUAUUGCCUGAUGCUAUUGAAAACCUCCACAGUCUUAGCAAAGAGAAGAUGAGUGCUCCUGACCUGUGGAAUACUCUGUCUAGUUUGAAAAGUAAUUUUAAAAAGGAUGAAUUCCUAGCUGCACUGAAAUUAGCAACAGUUGAUGGUGAAGGUGACAAAGUACAAAUUGAAGAAUUUGCAAAAGUGAUAAAGGAUAUGCAUGAUGCCUCCAGGUUAGAAGCAUUGAAUGAGACCAUCAGUACAUUGGACUGCAUGAAAGAAAGUAAUCAGUCUGAUAAGGACAAAUAUUCAGACAUACUUGGAAACACUGAUAAAAUUUAUUUCACUGAUGAUAAUCUUCAAGAAAUACCAGAUGAUUCAUUUGUUGAAGGUUUUAGGAAAGAGACUUUGUCUUCAAAUCUGAAAUUACCAAAAGCAGAUGAGAUUAAAGAAGCUGCUCAUAUCUUGUCACAUGUUGAUAAUGGCAAGAUUGGUAUACCUAACUUGCAGUGUGCCCUGAAAACUUUGAAUGUUAAUUUAACUGAGGAGGACUUCAGUGAAGUUUUUAAUGCCAGUAUGCUUGAUUUUGACCUUCCAGGUAGUGCAGUAGAUGUAAAAGAUUUCUUAAAGGAAAUUUUUAAAAGUCCACAUUUCAGAGAGUCUAUAGGUGAGAAGGUUGAUACUAGUGACCUGGAAAUUUUUCUGCAAAAUAUGGGGAUAGAGCUCACAGAAGAUAAAGGCAUGGAAUUACUGAACAAUCUUCCAGUUGAUGCCAAAAGAAAGGUGUAUAUGAACAGAUUGAUGAAAGAAUUGAAGUCUCUUAAAGGGACAAAGGUAUCUUCAGAUAAGGUGGACACUUUCAUUAAAAACAUGGGAAUUGACCUCAAGGAGAAAGAAAUCUAG